AUGUCGUCGUACCUGGAGAAGCAGUCGUCGGCGUUUCGCGGCACGCUGGCUUCGGCGGCCGCCAAGCUCUCCAACCCCAGCAGCACGAGCGCCGGCAAGGCGACGUCGCUGGCUCCGCCGUCGCCGUCGCCCUCGGCGGCCUCGGACAGCACGACGCCGACGGCCAGGCGCAAGCGCGACGCGGUCCCCGACGUGCCCUUCUCGCAGCCGCAGCUGACGGGGUACGGGGCCGAGGUCAAGACGCAAAUGGCCUUUGCCGUCGAGUACCUCAAGAAGAAGGCGGACGCCAAGACGGUGGCGGACAUCAUCGACCACCUCAGCCUGCGGGGCCACUCGGAGGAGCACAAGAAGCAGCUGGCCGACGGGCUGAGGGGCCACCCCCGCGUGGACUGGAAGCCCGACGCCGGGCUGAGCGAGCAGAGCUGGAAGACGGGCCUGUACGCGUACCGCCCCGUCAUACGCAACGUCCGCGACGGCACCUCGCUGCUGGCCUACCUGCAGCGCAAGACGGACGCGUCGGGCGUGUCGGUCAAGGACCUCAAGGACGGCUGGCCCGACUGCGAGGACACCCUGGCCGCCCUGGAGAGGCAGCACAAGAUCCUCGUGGUGCGCACCAAGAAGGACAACUUCCCGCGCUACGUGUGGGCCGACGACUCGUCGCUGCACUACGCCGUCCAGCCCGAGUUCCAGGUCAUGUGGCACCGCGUCCCCAUCCCGAGCGUCGACGACAUGCACCGUAAGCUGGUCAAUGUCGGCCAGAAGCCCACGAGCGAGGACCCCCUCAAGAUCCAGCAGGCCUCGAGCAAGCCCAAGGUGCAGAAGAAGCGGACGAGCAAGAGGGCGGGCAAGGCCACCAACGUGCACAUGGCGCACCUGAUGCAGGACUACAGCAACCUCCGACGGUGA